AUGCGUGCUCCACUUCCGGUCCAGCCCACGUGCUGAGUCCCAGGCGAUUUCGCAGAGGCGGAAGAGGCGGGAGCGGAGCGGGCGGGGCGGGGCGGGACGGUGCAGACUUUGUGCGGGCUGAGGACCAUGGAGAGGCCUCUCUUCACCUCCCAUCUUUCCGGAUUCUCCUGCAUCAAAGAGUGGCCGCAGCUACAGUCAGUGGCUUUUCUGGAGACACUGGCAAAAGAUGACAUUGAUACAGCUGUCCAAUUGAUUUUAUGCCGAGAAAAAUUCAUUGUGAAGAAAAUAGACACGUUUUUGGACCACCAAGAUACGUUGACUACAAGGAGAAGGGAAUUGUUGUACAGGAAGUGGGUUUCUCGUGUUAGAGACCCUAUCCAGCAGAAGAUUAUUGAAACAGUCAAUACAUCCAGAAAUUUUUCGAAAAAGAGACAAGAGGAGCUUGAGCGUUACCUAAAAUUCGUCAAUAAAACGGGCACUGUUUUCUUUGACCAGUAUGUCCCUGGCAUGUAUGACCCUCAUUACAUGAAGAACAAGGACCCGAAGUAUUUCAAGGGUCACCAGACGUACAUUUUGUUGUGGGGCCGCCGUGGGCAGGGCUGCCACGCUCACACACAUGUGCUCCCCGAGGAUCUCCGAGGGCCAGAGGGCACGGACGCCUUUGUCCUGGAGGACAAGCCCGGCGCCACCCAGAAAAGCCUGACCGGGAGCGGGGACCCUCGGGCCCACCCUCCCUGCGGCCCGCGGCCGGCCCAAGGCUUGGACGGGCUCUUUGUUCCAGGUCACGGUGCCACUAUUGAACGAUCCUCUGUUCCAAGCUCAGCACAUCCGGGACGAGGAGAACAGGGCGCUGCUUCAGUGCGAGAAGGGUACGUGGAGGCGCCCAGGAAGCCCCCCAGGGCCCUGCUUCUCCCCCGAGGAGAAUGA